AUGUACCAGAGCCUGGCCAUGGCCGCCAACCACGGUCCCCCUCCGGGGCCCUACGAGGCGGGCGGUCCGGGCGCCUUCAUGCACGGCGCAGGCGCCGCGUCCUCGCCGGUCUACGUGCCCACGCCGCGGGUGCCCUCCUCCGUGCUCGGCCUGUCCUACCUCCAGGGCGGAGGCGGGGGCACCGUGUCCGGGGCCGCCUCGGGCGGCAGCUCAGGGGCCGCGCCGUCGGGCGCAGGGCCCGGGACCCAGCAGGGCAGCCCGGGCUGGAGCCAGGCGGGAGCCGAGGGAGCCGCCUACACCCCGCCGCCCGUGUCGCCGCGCUUCUCCUUCCCGGGCACCACCGGGUCCCUGGCCGCUGCCGCCGCCGCCGCUGCGGCCCGGGAAGCCGCGGCCUACAGCAGUGGCGGCGGGGCGGCGGGCGCCGGCCUGGCGGGCCGCGAGCAGUACGGGCGAGCCGGCUUCGCGGGCUCCUACUCCAGCCCCUACCCCGCCUACAUGGCCGACGUGGGCGCGUCCUGGGCCGCGGCCGCCGCCGCCUCCGCCGGUCCCUUCGACAGCCCGGUUCUGCACAGCCUGCCCGGCCGGGCCAACCCUGCGGCCCGACACCCCAAUCUCGUAGAUAUGUUUGACGACUUCUCGGAAGGCAGAGAGUGUGUCAACUGCGGGGCCAUGUCCACCCCCCUGUGGCGGCGGGAUGGGACGGGACACUACCUGUGCAACGCCUGCGGCCUCUACCACAAGAUGAACGGCAUCAACCGGCCCCUCAUCAAGCCCCAGCGCCGCCUGUCCGCCUCCCGCCGAGUGGGCCUCUCCUGCGCCAACUGCCAGACUACCACCACCACUCUGUGGCGCCGCAACGCCGAGGGCGAGCCCGUGUGCAACGCCUGCGGCCUCUACAUGAAGCUCCACGGCGUCCCCAGGCCUCUUGCGAUGCGGAAAGAGGGGAUUCAAACCAGAAAACGGAAGCCCAAGAACCUUAACAAAUCGAAGACACCAGCAGGUCCCUCGGGCAGUGAGAGCCUCCCUCCCACCACCAGCGCUUCCAGCAGCAGCGCGGAAGAGAUGCGUCCCAUCAAGACAGAGCCUGGGCUCUCAUCCCACUAUGGGCACGGCAGCUCCCUGUCGCAGACGUUCUCGGUCAGCGCGAUGUCUGGCCACGGGUCCUCCAUCCACCCAGUCCUCUCGGCCCUGAAGCUCUCUCCUCAAGGUUAUGCGUCUUCUGUCAGCCAGUCACCGCAGGCCAGCUCCAAGCAGGACCCUUGGAACAGCCUGGCCUUGGCUGACAGUCACGGGGACAUAAUCACUGCAUAA